GUCGGAGGUCACGGCGGCGUUGGAGGUGGCGUGUAUGUUUUUUUUUUUUCACCCGGAAACCGCAGCUGUCGGAGCCCGAGCUGAGGCGGUGGCGGGAGCCCGGUUGGCGUCUGGUCCUCGCGUCGGCCCCGCGGAGCCGGACGCUGUCCCCGGCGCGGCGGAGAAGAUGGUGCCGAGCGGCCCCGGGCUCGCCACGCGCCGCCACGAGUGAGCCCAGCGCGGCCGCGGGCGUCCGCCGAGCAGCUGGCCCGGCUGGGCCCGGGGCGCGCAGCUGCCCGCCGGGCAGGGUGGAGCUGAUCAGAAUAAUGUUCAGCAUCAACCCCCUGGAGAACCUGAAGGUGUACAUCAGCAGUCGGCCUCCCCUGGUGGUCUUCAUGAUCAGCGUGAGCGCCAUGGCCAUAGCUUUUCUGACCCUGGGCUACUUCUUUAAAAUCAAGGAGAUUAAAUCACCAGAAAUGGCAGAGGAUUGGAAUACUUUUCUGCUACGGUUCAAUGAUUUGGACUUGUGUGUAUCAGAGAAUGAAACGUUAAAGCAUCUCACAAACGACACCACCACUCCGGAAAGCACAAUGACCAGCGGGCAGGCCCGAGCUUCCACCCAGUCCCCCCAGGCCCUGGAGGACUCGGGCCCUGUGAAUAUCUCAGUCACAAUCACCCUAACCCUGGACCCACUGAAACCCUUCGGAGGGUAUUCCCGCAACGUCACCCAUCUGUACUCAACCAUCUUAGGGCAUCAGAUUGGACUUUCAGGCAGGGAAGCCCACGAGGAGAUAAACAUCACCUUCACCCUGCCUACAGCAUGGAGCUCAGACGACUGCGCCCUCCACGGUCACUGUGAGCAGGUGGUGUUCACAGCCUGCAUGACCCUCACGGCCAGUCCCGGGGUGUUCCCCGUCACUGUACAGCCACCGCACUGUGUUCCUGACACAUACAGCAACGCCACGCUCUGGUACAAGAUCUUCACAACUGCCAGAGAUGCCAACACAAAAUACGCGCAAGAUUACAAUCCUUUCUGGUGUUAUAAGGGGGCCAUUGGAAAAGUCUAUCAUGCUUUAAAUCCCAAGCUUACAGUGAUUGUUCCAGAUGAUGACCGUUCAUUAAUAAAUUUGCAUCUCAUGCACACCAGUUACUUCCUCUUUGUGAUGGUGAUAACGAUGUUUUGCUAUGCUGUUAUCAAGGGCAGACCCAGCAAAUUGCGUCAGAGCAAUCCUGAAUUUUGUCCCGAGAAGGUGGCUUUGGCUGAAGCCUAAUUCCACAGCUCCUUGUUUUCUGAGAGAGACUGAGAGAACCAUAAUCCUUGCCUGCUGAACCCAGCCUGGGCCUGGACGCUCUGUGAAUACAUUAUCUUGCGAUGUUGGGUUAUUCCAGCCAAAGACAUUUCAAGUGCCUGUAACUGAUUUGUACAUAUUUAUAAAAAUCUAUUCAGAAAUUGGUCCAAUAAUGCACGUGCUUUGCCCUGGGUGCAGCCAGAGCCCUUCAGUCCCACCUUGGACUUGAGGACCUACCUGAUGGGAUGUUUCCACAUGUCUCUAGAGAAGGAUUUCCUGGAUCUAGCUGCGUUGGAGCUGGUCAUGACGAUGUUUUCACUAAGGUCACGGGCGCGUUGCGUCACUGGUGGGGCUGAAGUUUGGUUUGGUUCUUGUUUCGGCCCAGUAUGUAGAGAACGUUUGAAACAGUCUGCACCUUUGAUACAGUAUUGCAUUUCCAAAGCCACCAAUCCAUUUUGUGGAUUUUAUGUGUCUGUGGCUUAAUCGUAGUAACAACAAUAAUACCUUUUUCUCCAUUUUGCUUGCAGGAAACAUACCUAAGUUUUUUUUGUUUGUUUUUUGUUUUUUUGUUUUUUUCCUUUAUAAAGAAAAAAUAAAAUAGUCUCAUUUUAAUACUA